AUGGAAGGAAUCACAGAGGGUGUUAACAACAUAAACAUAGCAACAGGAGAUUUAGCUAAUACCAAGAAGAACCGAAUCCAAGUUUCAAACACCAAAAAACCUCUUUUCUUCUAUGUUAAUCUCGCCAAGAGGUACAUGCAACAGCACCAUGAAGUGGAGCUUUCUGCCCUUGGAAUGGCUAUAGCCACUGUUGUUACGAUUGCUGAGAUCUUGAAGAACAAUGGACUUGCUGUUGAGAAAAAGAUCAUGACUUCCACAGUUGACAUGAGGGAAGAAACAGGAGGGCGUCCUGUUCCAAAAGCAAAGAUUGAAAUAUUGCUAGGGAAGACAGAAAAGUUUGACGAGUUGAUGGCCGCUGCUACUGCUGAGGAAGCUGCUGAUGCUGAGGAGCAGAGCUGA